GAAGUCUCGGUCACAGCUCCAUGAGCUACCAUGUAUGCAUCUCCGCAUGAAGACCUUGCAUAUCCUUCGGUUCUGCAUCCCCUACGUCGCCACGUUGUGGCAUGACCGAUUAGGAAGUAUUACGUGACACCGCAACGACGGUCGCUCAUCGUCUCCCUCAAGAUUCAAGUCAAGGCAGUCGCGCACAACCUUGCAACGAGCCCCCGUCCUUCCGAUAUGACCAAAGUCUGCGACCCGAACAGUGGCCCUGUCAGCGACGUCGAGGUCAUGGUGGCUAACAAGAUCGAUCUUGCAGUGGCUGGGCGCGUCCGACAGUACUCAAUAUUGUCAUAGCACCUCCCAGACCGCCAUGGAAGCCGACUUGCUUAUUACGCGGGGACGAUAACUUGCCCGGCUCGCCCAUCCGUAUCGUCGCUGUCGAGAUGAUCGGCGCUAUCUCCCCUGUGCUCCUCAUAGGAGACAGAGUUCCUACAAGCUCCCUCCCGUCCCGCAUCCAAUCUGCUACCCCGUCCCCCAGCAACAAGGCGACAACUUAUUGGGUAGAUGCAGGCAUGCACGCGAUGGAAGCGGCCAUCGGCAAGCUCGACAUCAUCCGGAUACUCAGGGACGGUUACGUGCAGCAAGCUCACAAUUGGCGUCGCCCUGUUACUCGCGCUGUCGUGCAGGCAUACCGGGUUUGGAAGAAAAGGCUUCAGGUCUCCGAACGGCUUGCAGUCAAACGCAAAGCUAUAGGAAUUAUGGAGGAAGUUGGCCCAGCUCCCCUUGAGGAAGUUUUUCUGGUUCGUCCUACCUUUUGAUCGUUUGACAUACGCUGAUCAGCCAUAGAUGGAGGAGCUACUUCCUGCACCUCUGAAGGAGGCACCGCCCACACCACCGCCAGCAUACACUUCACCUCCGAAGAGCGCCUGCGGGCAAUCGAUCGACGUCAAAGACCGAGGCAUUGACUAUGGCUGUAGCGACCAGCAACCCACGGAGUGUGUAACCGAUCACGCCUUCCUAGUGCAGCUGCAGUGCCAGUCUCAGUCGCCACCUCCACUGACGGCAUCCGCCUGUUGCUAAGGUCUUUCCUGAGCUAGUCUGAGUUUAUCAUGCUCGCAGGGACAGCUACUGGCAAUAUGUUGGCCAUCCAUUCCAAUCCAUCUACACCGUCACUAUGCUACCUUCCCUAAACUCCAGAUGACCCCUCGCUCCUGCACCCAUCACUCCCCGAAGAUCUGCACAAUCCGGUACAGUCGUGUUCUGCGCUGUUUGCUGCAGAGAACGCAGACUUUACCGAGGGCGACGUGUUAUUGGUUGGAGGUACGGAGCCUGAAGGCGUUCGAGGGCACCCAUUCACGGAGUAUCCCGCAGUAGCGCAUUCGUGGACGAAGACGAGGGCGAGGGCGACGAGGUGGAGGUCUUGUGUUGAAUGGGCAAUUUCUCUUCCCUGGGUUCUCGAGGCGAUUCUUCACCCUUGCGCGCGUAACUCAACUUCUGUUUCCUUGGCAUAAUCGCUUCUGUAACGCUGGGGGUAAAUCUGUUGAUCUUGGGAGCCAGUCAGUUUGCUCUGAGCUAUGUGUCGUAUGGACAAUCCAUAUCAACUUGUAUACAUCUUAUUCC